GACGGGGUCAUCGCACUUCACUCUUCACUGCCGAGUGUGUUUGCACUGCAGGUUUUUGUGGGAGAAGAGGAAGUGGCGGUGCAGGAAGUCAACAAGUGACUCCUUAAACAUGCUGGAUCCAGGAGCGAGUGAGACCACAGGCCUCAGCCACAUUUAUGAAGUACAAGGAUUCAUCCAGGCAAGCGUGCAGAGGAACAACACGGUGAAAGAGCUGCUAAUGAUGAAACGCCAGGAGUGGAACUGCUCAGACGAGGACAACCACAUGGAGCAGAAUUUUAAAUUUGCAGAACCUGAACCCUUUGCCAGCGACGCGAGUCCUUACCAGUUGGGCCUUCACGUACCAGUAAACCAAAACACCCCCCCUCAUUUCCCUCCUGCUUAUCCUGGAAGCAUUCACCUCAAGCCGCAGCACACGCAGAUUCCGCCUUUGUGGGGAAACGUGGCUCCGACCGUCGAGAACAAACUGUCUCUGUUUCACUGGCAAAUCCAGCAAGCGGCACAUAAAGCUGGAGACGUUCCCCCCGAGCUGCUCAACUGGCAAGAUGCAGACGGGGACACGUAUCUUCACAUUGCUGUGGCGCAAGGGAGACGAGCUCUGGCUUACGUGCUUGCUGGGAGAAUGGCCAAACUUGGCUCUUUGGACUUGAAGGAGCACAACGGCCAGACAGCGCUUCAGAUAGCCACUGCCACCAAUCAGCACUUAAUCGUCCGUGAUCUGAUGGCGCACGGAGCACAAAUCAACACUUGUGACUUCUGGGGUCGGUCGCCUUUGCACGUGUGUUGUGAAAAAGGCCACUUUCUCAGUCUUCAGACAAUCUGUGACGCCUUUUGCCAGAGUCAACAACCGAUUGAUGUUGACGUCUUCAAUUAUGAGGGUCUGACCCCGCUCCACACGGCAGUUUUGGCGCACAACAAUGUCAUUAAAGACCUGAAGCUUCUGGAAAGUCCUUGUUCGUAUGUGGUGAUGCAGAGGAAACACGUGUUUGUUGAAUGUAUCCAGACUCUGCUGCUCAUGGGUGCGUCCCUCGCGACCAAGGAUCUCAAAAGUGGCCGGACUUGUCUUCACAUGGCUUCUGAGGAGGCAAACGUGCAGCUGCUGCAACUUUUUCUGGACCGGCCUCGCUCGCUGUCCGUUGUAAAUGUUAAGACGUUUAGUGGAAACACUGCCCUGCACGUUGUCAGCGCUUUGCAAAAUCACAAGAGACAAGUUGAUGCGGUAAAGCUGCUGAUGAAAAAAGGAGCUGACCCCGGAACCAAGAAUUCUGAAAAUGACCUGCCGUCUCAGCUGGUGCCCGAAGGACCCGUUGGUGAAAAGGUGCGGCUCAUCCUGAAGGGGAAACGGGUGUACGCUUAAAAGCACAAAAACACUGUCAGUCAGACAGUCCGCUCUAUGAAACUAUUUGCCAAAGUAAGGCAGAUGCUGGUUGUUUCAGUGAAACAUGCCUCAUUGUUCAUUACCGUGUAAUGCUACAAAGAAAGUAAAGCUAACACUUGCAUUUAACUGGGUUUUCUUUAGGAUGAUACUUGAUAAUUGUGAUCACAUUCUAUGUUUGAGGGAUUAGGGGUUGUACUUUUUUGAUAAAUACUAGUAGUUAACAUGUUUAGUAUUAUUGUAGCUUCCAUAUAGCAAUAUUUUUUGAUCAAAAAUACACAUUUUACACAAACAUAACAGAAAUCAUGUUGACAAAUCAGAUAAUCACAUCGUUUUUGUAUCAUGUUGUGGCAUGACAUUUUUUAGGCCAUCGACCUUCCAGAUUUUGUAAAUGCAUAU